AGACCGAAGGGAAACCCUAUUGGCUGUGGAGGUAAUAGGGCGAUAUCGGCGAGGGCAGCAGCUGCGGAGCGGCAGGUUCAUUUAUUCUGCAGGCGCCUUUGUGGACGGAGGGCAGCGCUGAGCGAAAGAGCAUUCACCGGUUUCAGCAACUUGGUUUAGUUCUUGAGCGCCAUGGGGUUAGAAGCGAAGCACCUUGCUGUUCCCCACCCUUACUGGCCUCGAAACUUGGAGCUCCAGCACUACAUCCCCAAUGACCGCCCCAUGUGGCAGAUCUUGACUUUCCUCUUCUCUGUCUCUGGGCUCCUGCUGAUAGUAACUUGGCUCAUAGCAAGAUGGCAGAACAGGACAGCUGCACCCUUUGGAACCUGGCGCUCCUUGGCGAUCUGCUGGUUUGCUGUCUGUGGCUUUAUUCAUGGUGUCAUUGAAGGCUGGUUCAGCCUGUACCACAAGGAAAUCGCAGGGGACCAGUCUUUUCUUUCACAGCUCUGGAAGGAAUACGCCAAAGGUGACAGCAGAUACGUCAUAUCAGACAAUUUCACAGUUUGUGUGGAGACCAUCACAGCCUUCGCCUGGGGCCCCCUCUCCAUCUGGACUGUGUUAGCAUUUCUUUCAGACCAGCCCCAUCGGUUUGUGCUGCAGCUGAUUGUGUCGCUGGGCCAACUCUAUGGAGAUGUUCUGUACUUUUCUACUGAGUAUCUUGAGGGGUUCAGUCACAGUGAGAUAGGGCACCCGAUAUACUUCUGGUUUUAUUUUGUCUUCAUGAACGCUUUGUGGAUCAUCAUUCCUUCCAUCCUCAUCCUGGAUGCUUGGAAGCACCUCAGCACUUGCCAGAAGAUAACGGAUGCUGGCAAAUUCAAGAAGCACUGACCUCUUGCAUAGUGGAUCAUCAUGAACACAUAUGCCAUAGGAGAAGCACUGGAAUAAUUCAGGGAUUGGUUGGCUACUUUCUGGUGCCUUGUCUAGGUUCAUUUCGUCCACUGCCCCAUCAACUAGGGAAAUUCUCCAAGUAUCCACCAAUUACCCCUCCUCGGGAUUAAGUGGAAUGGCCUUCUGUAUCUAUUUUACAGCUGCUGGAAUAUGCUCUGUCCUGCAGCUCCUUCCAGAAGAGACUUCUAUCAAAGACCCCUGGAACUGAGAGCUGGGGCAAGGCAGGGA